UUAGUAGCAUUAGUUCAGCGGCGUCCGCCUAUACAAAACAACUUUUAGUUGCAAUAAAAAUGAAAAUGUGCCCUAUUCUAGCUGAAUUAAUGAGCAAAAUCAAACAGAACAAGAACGCUACUGCCAGCGUAAUAAAAAAUGUGCAAUCUUAAUUUUCGCGGGAGUGCAUAAAGUUGUCUGUUGCAGCCAGCAGACAACAGCCUUGAAUAUUUGUGAGGGUUCGUGUGUGUUUGUGUAUUGUGUGUAUAUAAACAAAGUGCGAACGCGGGAAUCGCCACAUAAAUAUUUUCCCAACUGCAUAAGAUUGUACCCUGUGUGAAUUAGAAUCCACCCACAGCAAUGUCUAAUGUGCGGUGCAUAAAUUUUUGGGAUCUGUGCCGCAUAUGCACGGCCAGCAGUGAACAGAAAAUUAACAUAUACUCGCCCGAUGGACGCGCCAAAAAUUUGAGCCAAAAAAUCGCUGAAUGUCUGCCAGUGCAAAUCGAUGAGAAGGAUCGGCUACCCAAGGUGGUAUGUGCCCAGUGCGCCCAGCAAGUGGACCAAAUAUACGAAAUUCGCAAUAUUUCGAGAAACUCGCAAACUAUACUCAACAAUUGGCUCAACCAUCGAACGCUGCAGAGCGAUGACAAAGUGUUCAUCAAAGAUGCCAUCAAUGAUACUGGAAAGAGCCUUAGCGUGCUCAGCACUGCGUCUGGUGGGCUUGUCUCCAGUAGCAGUACUCAGCAGUCGAACGACCUGCUCAGCAGCAUCAUGCAAGCCGUUGGCAUGCAGGUUCAACAGCAACAACCCCAACAGCAACAACAGUACACCAUUACUGUUGACAGCCACGUUCAGGCGCAGUCACUUCCCCAUCACCAUCCUCAAUCCCAGGCAGAAAUCAAGUCCGAAAAGCAAAAUACUUUGGAGGAGUUUAUACGCCUGAAGCCGGACAUUAAAAUUACGCCGCUGGGCAAGAAGGAGAACGUGCAUGGCAGUACUAUAUCCAAUAUAAAGCAACAACAAUCGCAGCAGCCACAGCAACAUGCACAGCAACCUGUCCAACUGCAGGCGCAAACGUUAACAGCUAUGCCUGCCCCUGCCGCUCAAAUUCAAUUGCAACCGCAGCAGCUCAAUGACCUCAAUGUGCUAUUGCAGCAACAGGCGCUAUGGCAGCAGAUUCAGCAGCUACAGGCGCAGUCGCAGUUUACCAACGGUGGUGAUGACGGAAUGAAUUCCACGGAGAGCAAAAAACCGAAAUUAAACUUUGUGCUAUCGUCACCAGUUGGAACUCCGCAGUUUGCUGGGAGUUUGCCACAGUUUGGCAAUGUGGGUGGCACACAGCCCCAAAUUCAGUUACAGCUUCUGCCAGGAGGUGCAAGCUCGAGCAACACAUCAACGGGCGGCAUCGCUGCCCAACCUGCACAACAGCUCAAUGCCGCUGCUCUCCUCUCCCUGGCUGGCACUCAGCUGGUUGGAGGCAAUGGAGCUGGCAAUAUGCUUUCGCCCAACAAAUGUUUUUUGCCAAUUACCAUACGCGAUGAAAACUCGGAUCAGCAGAUUGUCGCGCAUAUUGACACCAAGAACCUGGUGCUACCCACUACAUAUCAAGUGCAAAUGAAGCUACAACCACAAUUGGCCACUGCGGAUGGUCAGCCCAUCAUGCAGUUGACACCAACUUCCAUUCCAGCCACAUUGCAGUUAACGCCACAGACUUUGGGCAAUGCGACGGCCUUUCAAUCAGCGACAACACAUCAAAAUCAGUUCCUUGUGCCACAACCGCAACAACAGCAACACUCGCAUCAACAACAACCGCAUUCACAACAACAACAACAACAACAGUCACAGCAACAACAACAACAACAGCAACAACAACAUUCGCAACAACAUCAACAACUGCCCCCUGCUACAGCGCAGGUGACUUCACAGCAAAUCAUCAGAUCACCGCAUGGAAAUGGAAUGAAUUCACAGCUGGUGAUUCGAAACGUUAGCUCUGAGCCGAGCACACCGAUGGGCGGCAAUGCCGAUUCGUCGGUCACCUUCAAAAUGUCAUCUCCACGACAACAGCAACAGCAACAGAUCAAGUAUAAACCCCCAUCUUCCAGUGCAAAUUCAGUUGCAGUUCCUUCUGCCGUUUCUUCUAGUAAUGCGCCCCAUACUGAGUUUAGCAAGCGUGUGGCGCAAGCCAAACAGCAGCCACCCGGGCCAAGUAAUGUGGCUGCUUUGCAGCGGCUUUCUUCUAACACGACCAUUACCAAGUUGCCCAAGCAACAACAACCCGUGGCGGCCAACAAAUUACCAUUGCUAAAUAAACAGAAUAUAACCAUAAGUCGCAUAUCUACACAAGCACCUUCAAAGCCGGAGGCCAAGCCGACAGCUACAGCACAGACACAGGCACAAGCGCCUAAACCACAGCCAGCGCCGCCACCACCCUCUCUGGCGCUGCAACAGCUGCCUCAGCCACCAGUCAGUGAAGUUACUAGCAUUCUCAACCAAAGAAAAAUCAUUCGUAAGCCGCCCGAGCAAUUGGUGAAUCAGAAAGCCAAAACCGCUCGCCCGCAGCAACAGAUUCUGCCUGUUCCCGCACAGCAAACGGCAGCACAGUCGCAGCCUCAACAGCAUCAACAGCAGCAGCAACAGCAACAGAUGGCCAACACUUCGAUCGCCGAGACGCCUACUGCGACACCCGCGAAUGCACUUACCUGUCCCACCUGUCGGCGCGAGUUCAAGAAGAAGGAGCAUCUCACCCAACACGUCAAGCUACACGAAGGCCUGCGUCCAUUUAAAUGCACCGAAGAAGGAUGCGACAAGGCUUUUAGCCGAAAAGAGCACUUGUCUCGCCAUUUGGUCUCCCAUUCUGGUCAGAAGAUGUUCAGUUGCGAAGAGUGCAAGAAGCCCUUCUCGCGCAAGGACAAUCUUAACAAGCAUAAGCGGACUCACAAUACGCAGCCAAGCGAGACACGACUCCACAGUUGUGAGAUUUGCAACAAAAACUUUGCAUCAAAGCAGCAUUAUGAAAAACAUCGUGAGAUGCACAAGAAGACGCGUGUCGAUAACGCAGCGUCUUCCACACAACCCACAAACGGUGCCCAUCAGGCCAAGGAUCUCUAUGAAGUUAAGCAUGAAACUUCAACAGCGCCCCAAUCGCAGCCGACGCAAUCUCAAAUGCAAAUUCAAUCGCAGCCCCAACAACCGCCUCAGAUCAUGCAUGUGGACUUGGAUGGCAACACUAUAACAAUCACCCAGGCAUCUGAUUCUAGUAUGCCAACAUCUCUCGCGAACUUUGUUCAGCUGGGAUUUCCACAAUUUCAAAAUGCUAGCGGCCCCUCAAACCAAAUAGUUUUCCCGCAGGUGAGUGCAAAAAGCGUGGCAUAUGCACAGGCGCAGGACGAUGACUUAAAACUCCAAAUAUAUGCGGCUGUAAACUGAAUGAUUGCGAUUUGG